CUUCAUCUGCUCCACUUUGAACUACCUUUUUCUCAUUUCAUAAUCCCUUCUCUUACUCAUUCUUAACACUCGUCAAAAACCACAACAAUGGAGAAACUAAAGGGUAUUCCUUCAACAGAAGGAUAUGAAGAUGAUCUUAUAAGAGAACUUCUAGACAACGAAUCACCCUUGUUUAUGCCUUAUCAAGAACCAUCAAUGGAAACAAACUCCACUACUUCUUCUUCAUCUGAUUCAACCAUUAACCCGCUGCUCGUCUCAGCCCUCCAUUCGAGUCCUACGUUACAAGAUGAUGAUAUAGAGAGAGCUUUAUCAUACACAAAUUAUGAAGCUAUACCAGAAGCCUGCAGAACUUCAUUAAUGAUGGAAAGAGGCUUGAAUAAAGAACAGGAGAGCAAGUAUUCUAUGAGAAUCAAGUGUUGUGGCAAUGUAAUGGCUGAUGAUGGCUAUAAGUGGAGGAAAUAUGGUCAGAAAUCAAUCAAGAAUAGCCCACAUCCAAGAAGCUAUUAUAGGUGCACAAACCCAAGGUGUAGUGCUAAAAAGCAGGUGGAGCGGUCCAGCGAUGACCCGGACAGCCUCAUCAUCAUAUACGAAGGGCUUCACCUCCACUUUGUUUACCCAUUUUUGUUGCUCAAUCCACUGGACCAAAUUGAUCCACCAACAAAGAAACAAAAGGGGCCCACAUUACGAGACCUAGACCAUUCCAAGGAAGACCAAGAAAUCCAAAAUUUCAAUUCACGCCCAGUAUUAGGGGAUUAUGGGCCAGGCCCACAAGGUCUUCUUGAAGAUGUGGUACCAUUGACGAUUAGAAAGCCGUUGGUCAAUGUUGCUUUGUCCAAUUCUACGUAUUAUUCUUUAGGAUUUGAGACGAAUAUGUAGAACAUGUUUAGUGCAUGGUAUAUGAGAAAUAUAUAUAAUCGACAAGAUUUUAAUUUUUUUAAGAAUAAUGUUAUUUGUAAUUACUCACUAUCGUAGUCGUCAUAUGUGAUAUACAUGUGAUGAUUAGUGAUUUGAUAUUUGAGAUAAAAAACUACUACAUAAUAUAUCAAAUUACGAAUCGCUAUAUAGGAUGUCACAUAGGAUGAUUAUCAUAGCGAGCAACUAUGAAUAACAUUACUUUUUUUCUUAAUAUCGUUCAGUAUUAUCCAAUUUACCUUAGCAAAGUAUCAAUAAAGUUUAGAAUAGUAAACUACAUAUCCAAUUAAUGUAAUAAGUCCAAGUGAGUCUCCUAGACUGAGAGAGGAUGUGUUGUAA